AUGGCCGGGAGAAGGGUGUGCAACAAGUCCGUGGCCGUGGCCAUGGCGGUCGUGGCGCUGCUGGCUCUGCUCCUGGCAGCGGGCGAGGCCGAACAGAUCUGCAAGGUCGACAAGGACACGGUGCUGAAGCAGUGCGGCGCGUCCUGCUCGAGCGGCACGCCGAGCCAGGGGUGCUGCGACGCGCUGAGAGACGCCGAUUUCGGCUGCCUCUGCCGCAACUACUGGGACAAGCUCAAGGCCAUGCCCGCCUACGCCAGCUGCGCCAAGGCCAUCCCUUCCAAGUGCAACCUCCCAAACGCCAAGUGCCACUAA